GAGGUCGAAGGUCAACUCAAGGCCUCCGCCCGCAAACUGGACACGCUGCACCAGAAGCUGCAGGAGCUGAACGCUCAGUCCAUGGCCCCGAGCAGGGUUGGAACCACGGGGGUCUUGGACGAGGACCUGGGGUCCACAGAGACCUGUCAGUGGGAGGAGGUGAUGUCCCCAUUGGCCCAGCGGGUCAGAACCCUGAAGAAGCAGCUCACCAUGGAGACCAAAGUCAAGCAGGGAGCCGAGAACAUGAUUCAGACAUACACCAAUGGAUCAGUGAAGGACAGGAAGAUGCUGGCGGCAGCACAGCAGAUGCUGCAGGACAGCCGCACCAAGAUGGAGCUACUGAGGAUGCAGAUCAUCAAAGUCAGCCAGGCCAGAGGCGGAGAUGGGUCCAUCGGACAUCCUGUGGACAUCAUCAGUCCUCUGGAGCUGCGAGUGGCUGAACUCAUGCACCGCACGAAGAUUGAGGCGGCGGUAGCCGAAGGAGCCAAGAACGUGGUGAGACAGCUGAGCGACCGGAGGAUCCAGGAACGCCGAGUUCUGUCAGAGGCUCAGGCUCGGAUGCAGGAGUCCUCCCAGAAACUGGAUCUGUUGCGGUUCUCUCUGGAGAGACGUCUGAACGAGCUUCCUCCGGACCACCCGACCCGUUCUUCCGUCAGAGAGGUUUUGGUUUCAGGGGUCUCUCCGACCUUCGACACCCUGAAACAAUGGUCCAGGUCCCUGACAUCUUCGUCCUCCUCUUCCUCCGUCUUCAGACCCGCCAGUCUCACAGGCCAGCUGGAGGUUUGUUUGAUGGGCUGUCAGAACCUGCUAGAGUCCAUCCCGGGUCGGACUCGGGUCGGCGGUGUCCUGUCUUCCUCUGGGAUCUACUCCGAUGGAAAAUCUCUGAAGCUGAGAUCUUCAGGACGAAGUGCGAAUGGCAAAACAAACAAAUCAGAUGACCUGUCCACUGAGGUCAGCGCUGUGCUGAAGGUGGACAACAGGGUCGUUGGACGGACUCACUGGAGACAGACAGGGAAAGAAGCCUGGGGUCAGAACUUCAGCAUCGAACUGGAGCGGUCGAGGGAGCUGGAAAUAUCCGUGUUCUGGAGGGACUGGCGGGCUCUCAGCGGAGUCAAGUUCCUGCGGCUGGAGGACUUCCUGGACAACCAGAAACACGGGAUGUGUUUGGAGCUGGAGCCUCAGGGGAUCCUCUUCAUUGAGGUAACAUUUAUUAACCCAGUCAUCGAGCGUCCAUCUAAACUCCAGAGACAGAGGAGGAUUUUCCCCAAAGAGAAAGGGAAGAACUUCUUGCGAGCCGCUCAGAUGAACAUGAAUUUCACCACAUGGGGUCGUCUAAUGAUGAGCAUCCUUCCUCCUCCCUGCAGCUCCUUGGAGCCCAUCAGUCCUCCAUUACCAGAUCCAAACUCCAGUGUGGCAUCUUUCAGAGGCUCUCCUGCACGAGACUCUCCAGUUCUGAGGUUGAACUUUCCAGAGGAACCUUCAGUCAGAUCGCCACGUCACUCAAGGAGGGACUUUAAAGACUCUGUGUUGUCUCCUGAUCAGAACCGAAGUUUUAAACCCGGGAGACAACCGUCUGUCCAACCUCGUCCACAGACGGAAAACCUGAAGAUGGAGGACUUUCAGUGCCUGUCAGUUCUGGGCCGAGGCCACUUUGGGAAGGUUCUGCUGGCUGAAUACAAGAAGUCGGGGAAACUGUUCGCCAUCAAGGCUCUGAAGAAAGGUGACGUGGUGACCCGAGAAGAAGUGGACAGCCUCAUGUGUGAGAAGCGGAUCUUUGAAGUGAUCAAUGCAGCCCGCCACCCGUUCCUGGUGAACCUCCAUGGCAGCUUCCAGACAGAAGACCACGUGUGCUUCGUGAUGGUCUACUCUCCAGGAGGAGACCUGAUGAAGCACAUCCAUACCAGCAUCUUCACUGAGAAACAGGCCCGGUUUUACUCAUCGUGUGUGCUGCUCGGCCUGGAGUUCCUCCAUGAGAACCAAAUCAUCUACAGAGAUCUGAAGCUGGAUAAUCUGAUCAUGGAUGCUGACGGAUACAUCAGAAUUGCAGAUUUUGGUUUGUGCAAAGAAGGAAUGGGUCACGGGGAUCGGACCACCACCUUCUGUGGAACACCAGAGUUUCUGGCUCCGGAGGUGCUGACAGACAACAGCUACACCCGCAGUGUGGACUGGUGGGGGCUGGGGGUCCUGGUCUAUGAGAUGCUGGUGGGGGAGUCUCCGUUCCCUGGGGACGAUGAGGAGGAAGUGUUUGACAGCAUCGUGAACGAUGACGUGCGUCGCCCUCGUUUCCUCUCUCCGGAGGCGGCCUCUUUAAUUCAACAGCUGCUGCAGAAAGAUCCGGACCGAAGGCUGGGCUCCGGAGAGGAGGAUGCCUCGGCCAUCAAGCAGCACCGAUACUUUCAGGGGAUGGACUGGGACGCUCUGCUGGCCAAGAAGGUGAAGCCCCCCUUUCAGCCGGUGAUCAGAACCCCGCAGGACGUCAGCAACUUCGACGAGGAGUUCACCAGCCUGCAACCGGUGCUGACCCCCCCGCGGACGCCCUGCGUCCUCACCACCGAGCAGCAGGAACUCUUCAGCAACUUUGACUUGUCUCUGCUCAGCUGAGCAGAACCUGAAGCUCAGAACCGACCUGUACAUAUCUGAACCUGUUCUACCGUCCUGUAA